GGCCGCGGGGUGUGGCGAUGCGCACCGGGUCCUGUAGGGUCGCCGUGCGGCCGCGCCCACCCUGCAGCGUCAGCGCGCUUCCGGAAGCCGCUCGCCCCUGGGAACCGGGUUCCAGGAAAGGUUCCGGAAGAGCUGCGCGCGGCGAGCUGAGCGCCGACCCGCGGGGCGGCCGUGGUCGCCGACGCGCGCUUUGUUCCCGCCGCUCGUCGCCCCGCGAGCGAAGAGGCCGGAGCCCGGUGCAGCGCCCGGGGAGUCGCGGGCCGAGCGCACGCCGCCGUCUGCGGCCCCAGCACCGGGUCCGGGUGCCCUUCGGGGCCCGCGGCCGAGGAUGCGGGGGACCCCGCGCAGGGAAAGCGGAAGUCGCGCGCCCGGGCGCUGACCGCGAGGACUCUGCACCUCGGCCCGGCUGCGCGCGCUCCUGCCCUCGGCCGCCCGGACCCGGCGCGAUGGCCAUCGCCCACCUGGCCACCGAGUACGUGUUCUCAGACUUCCUGCUGAAGGAACCCACCGAGCCCAAGUUCAAGGGGCUGCGGCUGGAGCUGGCGGUGGACAAGAUGGUCACGUGCAUCGCUGUGGGGCUGCCUCUGCUGCUCAUCUCGCUGGCCUUCGCGCAGGAGAUCUCAAUCGGAACCCAGUUAAGCUGCUUCUCCCCAAGUUCCUUCUCCUGGCGCCAGGCCUCCUUCGUGGAUUCCUACUGCUGGGCCGCAGUGCAGCAGAAGAGCUCGCUGCAGAGUGAGGCUGGAAACCUCCCGCUGUGGCUGCACAAGUUCUUUCCCUACAUCCUCCUGCUGUUCGCCAUCCUCCUGUACCUGCCCCCACUGUUUUGGCGCUUUGCGGCAGCUCCUCACCUCUGCUCAGACUUGAAGUUCAUCAUGGAAGAACUUGACAAAGUCUAUAACCGAGCCAUCAAAGCUGCCAAGAGCGCACGAGACAUGGACCUGAGGGACGGAGUUGGACCACCUACAGUGAAUGAGAACGUGGGGCAGAGUCUGUGGGAAAUAUCUGAGAGCCACUUCAAGUAUCCAAUCGUGGAGCAGUACUUGAAGACAAAGAAGAGCUCUGGCCAUUUGAUCAUGAAGUACAUCAGCUGUCGCGUGCUGACGUUCACAAUCCUACUGCUGGCGUGUGUUUACCUCAGCUAUUACUUCAGCCUGUCCUCCCUCUCAGACGAAUUCGUGUGCAGCAUCAAGUCUGGGGUCCUGAAGAACGACAGCAGCAUUCCUGACCGGUUCCAGUGCAAGCUCAUCGCGGUGGGAAUCUUCCAGCUGCUCAGCUUCAUCAACCUCGUGAUGUAUGCUCUGCUGGUCCCUGUGGUUGUGUACACGCUGUUUGUCCCCUUCCGGCAAAAGACAGAUGUCCUCAAAGUCUAUGAAAUCCUGCCCACCUUUGAUGUUCUGCAUUUCAAAUCUGAAGGGUACAACGACUUGAGCCUCUACAACCUUUUCUUAGAGGAGAACGUAAGCGAACUCAAGUCAUACAAGUGUCUCAAGGUGCUGGAGAGCAUUAAAAGCAGUGGGCAGGGGCUCGAUCCCAUGCUGCUCCUGACUAACCUUGGCAUGAUCAAGAUGGACGUCAUCGAUGGAAAAAGUCCCAUGUCGGUAGAGGCCAAGGGAGAGGGCCAGGGGAGCCGGGCAGCAGAGCUCAAAGAUCCGGACAUGCACAGUGAAACUAUUAACACAGAAAAGAACGCUCGGCAGAGACUUCUCAAUUCUUCUUGCUGAUGGCUUCACCCUUGAAUUUCCAGCCCGUGACUUCGGUGGCAGAGGAUUCAUUUUGGCUGAAGCGCCUCUGUUGGGUUUGUAGCUAGCCUGCAGUAAAUUGUUUUAGGUAGAGAUACAGCACGUGUCUUACUGAAUCCCUAGUGGACAUCCUAGGCAGCAAAUGUCAAGGAAGGAUGGUUUAUGCACUUCCCACAAGAUGCAAUACCGAGGUCAGUAAGCCUCCUUUGUGGAAGUCCUCAUUAAAGGGCUGAUAGGAGCACAGAGCCUUCUCCUCCUGCCUUGGAGAAACACCAUUCUGAGCCAGUAGUGCUGCCUGCAAACCCACCUAACCAGGUCGAGUCUGAAGUGUACCAGGUCAUACCAUGUGACUUCUGGGACGAAGGCCCAGUGCGGAAAUCUGAGUGUAGAGCUUCUCGAUCAAUCUUAUCAGAGACAUUUGGAACAGGACAAGAUUUAUUGAAGCACAUCAACAGAACAUGGGAAUUCUUACAGCAAGGGGUGCUUUGCCCAGUGGUGUGGAACACAUGGAUAACAUACAGGUGACAUGUUUGGAUCCUCAUCCUAGCUGUUGAUUCUCUUUACACUUUAGCACAGCUUUUUAAAUUACGUUUUAAUUUAUAUAAUUGAUGUCAUUUAAGAAGAACAUUGUAGCAUUGUUAGGAAUUAAAUAAUAAAUUAUAUAAGUGAGUGGUUAAGAGAAAUACAAACGUUGUUUUAUGAACAGUUUUAUCGUUUUGUUGUGUUGUGUUGUGUUGUGUUGUGUUGUGUUUUGUGAGUCCCACUCUGUGGUCCAGACUGGCCUCAGCCUCAGACGCUGAAACCUUCUUCGUCAGCCUCCCAAGUCCUGGGAUUACAGACAUGAACACCAUGCCUGGCUUUAUAAACGUGUGCUGACUCAGAGGGUGUUAGAACUGUUCAUGUGCUGUGUAAAUGUACUACUGCAUGUUCAUGAUGUAAAGCCCUCGACUGUGGACCUUCUCGUUUUUAACACGUUUAAGUGAAAAUCUCCGGGAGCCUGACACGUACUUCAUUAGAGACAACUGUCUACCUAGUCUUGCUGCUUUUUGGUGCAGAAGCAGUUUUAUAAGCUGAGGUUUGCCUUUUGUAAUAUACAGAAAAGCAGAUUUUCUUUGUAUCUGUGGCAGUUUCUGAGUUGGAAAACUCAAUGCAAUCAGAGCAUCAGAUGACGCUGUCCACGAUGUUUAUUACUGUUGGAUUACAUUGUGACUGAGAAGAGGUGAUGACCUAAGACACCAAUUUUGUUCGUUUUGUGUUGCCAUGUCUGAGACGCUCCGUUCCUGUUCUCUACGGUGCUUUCUUCUUCCUUUUUUUUUUUUAACUUGAAAAGAUUUUUAAAAUAUUUUUCUAGGAUAUGGAUUUUUUUUCCCAAAAGCUACAUCUUUCUUAUGGAAUACUCGUAAUUUUGAAGUGGUAAAAACUGGUAUUAUUUAUAAGAUGAGAAAUUUUCCCAGCCCAACCAUGUGUAAUUCUUCUGUCCAACUCGGAGCUUGAGGUCCUUGGCGGCUGUCCUGCUUCACCCUCCCCUUCCCAUUCUGAUCUCAGCAGGCCCCCACAUCCCAGGCACGGUGAGAGGGCUAGGAGGGUCCUGUGUCAUAUCGAAGGACUUCAGAGCCUGGUGACAGGCAGCAGAGACAUAGGUAGAGAAGAUGGAGUACCCACAGUAAAGACAGGCAGUCCUCUGUGGUGUGGGAGCACUGUAUCCUUUCUUCCCAGCCCCUGCCCUCGAUUCCAUGGCUCAUGGUUUUGGAGACCUAGUUGUGAUUUUUCUAGAUGACCUUCUGAAGCUUCUUCAGCCAAAAUCCUCUCUAGAUUGACGUUUGGGUAAAACAGUAGCUGAUUUUGAACAGUCAGGAGUUCCAGUUGCUUUUCACACUUCCCUUGCAGGCACAGGGAGAAGCCUGUGGACACAUGGAACUGCUGAUGAGCAGUGGCUACAGCUCCAAGGGGCUGGUCCGGAUACCCAGCGGUACGCUGGUCUGGAGAGUUAAUUCUCCUGUCUACUGACUGGCCAGCUUAGGACUGUUCUUGAGUUUCUAAGUAUGGUAGGAAUGCUUUUGUAAGCAUUGCUUUAUUACAGGCAUGCACAGGUCCUAAAAUGACCACUCUGGGGUCACUGGCCUUGUUUCCAGGCUCCUCGUAAAGGCAUCAGAACCAGACUUCCUCAGCAGCAUGGCAGCCAGACUGCGGAUCAUCCUAGAAGCAGUGUUCUGCAAUAUGUGAUUUUACCAGGGGACACGGAGGCUUCCAGUGCAGUUUCUUCAAGUUGAGGGGUAUUUUAAGCCACAGACAGACUCCUCAGACAGACACACAUCACUUCAGGUGUAUGGUAGAGCUUGCUGUGUACAGCCCGUGCUUGCUGGAGAGCAUGCCCUGUGCCUAGUGGGGCCACCCAGCCCUUGGGAAAAUUUCUGGCCUGAGACUGGAGUGUACAUGUUUGCUUAAUUAAUUCUAUCUGCACACUUUUGAGAAAACUCUGCCUAUUUAUUAUUUGUCUUCGUUUUUCUAGACGCAACAAGGUCAAUAACAGACUCGAACCUGGAGUGACCAAGCAGCCAGCAUUGAUAGCUGAUUUUCCUGAGUCUUCCUCAUUCAGAUGUUGUCCCUGCUCUGCCCCUCUAGAGCGUGGGGACAUUGGGCAUAGGUCACUACUUAUAAAAUAUCACCCAGCCUUAUAGAGGCACUGUCAGGAGACUAGAAACACCACCUGUUUGGUGGGUCUGGUUUGCAUGUAUGCUUCAUGUGUGUGAACACCUGUUACAACACACCCUCUCCCACCUAGUGUCUAGCUAUGAAAGGUGAUGUGUUCCUGCAUGGUUCCUUCUGGUUGUACUGGGCCAGUAUAAAUAGAAGAUCUACAAAGGUCAGAGUUGACUCAUUGCUGUGUCACCAAGUUGGAAAACAGUGCCUGACAUACGCCAGGCACUCAUAAACACCUUGGUGAAUAAACAGGUGAAAUGGUAGGAGAAAUCCUAGUUUGUUGGCACUACGAUUUGAUUUUAAAAGGCCUGUGGAGCUCCGCAGGGGGGACGGAGGAAGAAGGUUAAUUUGUCCUCUAGGUAGAGGAGAACGGUUCUGCAGAGGAACACCCUUCCACUGUAAACACUGACGGUCUUAGCUUUUGAUUGUGGAGUGAGUCAUGACCACUUUCCAAGUUCAAGAUUGUCUUGCAGUGACUAGGGAGAUGGAAGUUUUAAUCCAUAAUUAUCCAGAAUAAACCUCUUAAAGGAGCUGUGGGUUGAGAUGUACAAUUACCAGUAAUUGAGGUUUUUAUCUGCAGGCACUGAGACAGACAGCUCUUUUAGAACGAGAGGUCAUUGGUAUUUCGGCCCUUACUUCUCACAAGUACAGUGAAACUUCUUUUAGAAAGAUCGACAGAGAUGCUAUUGUCAUAUGUGGAGUACAGUAGAUACUAAUUCGUGGUUGGUUUUCCUGCCUGCGUUAAAUUAGAUGUAUUGUGUUUCUGGAUCCCUUUUUAGCUGUAAAAUACUUUGUCACUGAAACAUGUAGUUUUUGAUUGGUGAGUGUUCCUUGGGUUCCUGAAAGUUAUAGAUGUUUCUUGUGUCUUGAGGUACCUUUCUUCCCUGCCCAACCACAGGAGAAAAAUCUUGGUUGGGUGCUGCAGGGGGACAAGCAUUCACUGUAAAGACUGACACAGUCAGCUCCUUGUUUAACAAGCUGGUUUUUUAAAAGCAGCAUAACUGCAGUUUGGUGGAAUUCAAUAGUGAUGCUCUGUGUAUAACCUAAAUUCUUUCUAAUGACUAAGAUUCUCCCAAACUUUUAAAGAAAACUACAUAAUUGUUCUUGCUGUGUCGUUUGGUAAGAAUGCUCGAACAGAUGAAGAAUGACUAAAAAUUCAGAUCAUCCUUAGCUUUUAUUCCACAAAGGCCCAAAGAUCUGACCAAGUGGUGGUGGCGGACCAAGAAGGUGAGAGCGCCACGUGUGCUGGCUGCACUUCAGCUGGACUUCGUUUCCUGUAGAACUCACUUGUCCACACUCCGCAUUCUGUUCAUGCUGAUGUCCAUCUGAAGAGAGCUGACCGGCUCACAGUCCAGGCUGCUGGAGACGAAGGGGAAAAGGUGUUUCACCCCUUGCUGUGAUGUCCCCAAAUAAAAUGUAGUUCUAAGUGAUACAAAGUGUCAUGCAAUUUCUUGCGUUCUCUUUAGAAGAAUCAUUUCACAGACGAUGCAGUAGACGGUGAGUCUUAAAUACUUUGGGUUUGUCCCUCCCUGUAGAAUUCGGGCGG